AUGGAUGCUCUUCGUCAAUCUAUUAAUCGAACUGUGCUUGGAAUAGCUAAUUUAGUAACCCCGGUUCUUAAGGAGUCCCGAUUUAGGGAAGAGGGAGUUAUAACUCCUGCAGAAUUCGUCGCGGCUGGCGAUCAUUUAGUUCACCAAUGUCCAACAUGGCACUGGGCAAGUGGCGAAAAAAACUAUAUUCAGUCUUAUCUACCAGAAAAUAAACAGUAUUUGUGCACCAAAGGGGUUCCCUGUCACAAGAGAUUUAGUCAAAUGUUUAAAGUGAAAGGUGACGAAAAUCGAGUUUUAGAGGAGACAGACAAUGAUGGCGGGUGGAUCGAUGCUGGAUUUGUUGAGACCGGUAGGAACUUGGUUUAUUUUGGUGAAUCGAUCUCUUUAGACGAUAAUUCAGCCGAUAAUGAUUACGAUCAGUUCAAAAGUGAGAAUGUAAUAAAAGGAAUUGAAGCUAUUGAUAUCAGCGAGUCUAAAAGUGGUGAUAAUGGUUUGAACGAUGACGAAGAACCUGAAGAUUUCGAUGCUUUUAUGCAGGAAAAUAUGGACGAUGAGGAAGAUGAUCUUAUCGUUCAGAGGGUUACUCCUCAACCAACUUCGUUCACUGAUGCCCAGGCGUCUGAAUCUGAUGUUCUGCAGACUCGGACUUAUGAUCUCUACAUCACCUAUGAUAAGUUCUACCGAACUGCUCGGUUUUGGUUAACGGGAUUCGACGAACACAACAAGCCCCUCUCUGCAAGCCAAAUGUUUGAAGAUUUUAGGCAAGUCUCUCUUCUCUUUUUGUCAAUAACAUCUUAUUAUUUCCAUGAUAAAGGCGGAUAUGUUGGUGUCCUGAAUGCUCUCUCAAGCUCGUCAAUUGGUCUAACUUUCUUGGCUAGACAUUUGACAUUCCGUUCUGAGAAAUCACCACUUUUUGCAAUAAGUUCCUUCAAAACUAAUCAACCUUAUAUAUAUUCCUAUAUAACUAUUACUGGGGUGUUUUUCUUCCCAUUCAGCCAAGACCACGCAAAUAAGACGAUAACUAUGGAGAUGCAUCCCCACUUCACCGGUGUUAGCAUGCCUUCCAUCCACCCCUGCCGUCAGGCCGAAUUGAUGAAACGACUUAUGGACAAAAUUGCAGGUUCCAGCGAAAACAAUUCUUCCGAGACCACCCGUCCAGGUACUGUAGUAUCUUCCAUCGGAGCUCAAAAUGAGACACCAGUAGGUGCAUCUAACACCGAGAGCCAGCAAAAGCGCCAACUAGGAGUUCACCAAUACCUUGUAGUCUUCCUCAAGUUUGUUCAAUCAGUUAUACCCACAAUCGAUUAUGAUUUCACGCGCAAUUUCAAAUUUUAA